AUGAGUCCCAUCAAAUCCGCGCGACGAUACAGAAUCCGGCCCCACAACGGCCCAUGUCCCUUACCGGAUGUCAAAGCCAAAAUAAGAAGAGGUUGGGCGCCACCUCCGUAUAAACCAAACUACUUCGGAGGCCACAGCUUUUGGUCGGAUUUCGAGGCUUGCAACCGGAGAGAGGGCAAAGCGUUUGGUACACCAGGGUCCAUACGGCAUGUCGAUACACCUCGAUACACCUCAGACCUGUUGGAGUUGCUCUUCAGCAUCCCCGCUGACCCAGCGGGAAGUCAACUCUGCGAUGGCAGCCUACCCUUUGUCGAGCGCGGGAAACCUGCGCGCGCGAGAGUAGAAACGCUGCAAUGGAGGGGGACAGCGUGUAGCAGCGCAUACAGUCGGACCAUCGCAGAGAGAACCUUGUUGCGACAGGACGGUAACCGAAGUGCUACUCGACAUCCGACGCACAAAUUCUUUCCCAUAUUUACCUGUACACCGACCCAUCAAAUGACGUUUGCGUAUCCGCGCUAUGUGCGAGAACCCCCAAUCGACACCGAUGCCAAACAGCAAAGAAUGUGGGAAAAAGCGACCGCAGGCGCGGGGUUUACGGUGCCGGUCGAUCGGCACAUUCUAAACCGCCUCAUCGAAGUGGAAGAAGAAUACCGGAACGAUGACUCUGUAUCCGUACUCAAAAUCGUCUCUUACGUUAAAGAUAACCUGCGACGAGAUGGGACGAAGUAUCUCAAUGAAGAGGACAUCCAGAAGGCGUUGAAAGCACUAAAACCCUCCUCCUCGCAAUUGGCUUCACAAUGCGAUCAAUCCGUCAACUCCGGGUCUACUAAGGCGACCAACUCUGUAUCCCAGGCCAAGUUUUCCGAGAAAUGCGAUGUAGACCGCAAUGCCAAGCCUGUUCAUUUCGAGUCAUACAGUCUCCCACCAGUCUGCAAGAUGAGGAUGCACAAAGGAGGUGGAUUCGAAGACCUAGAGGAUUGGGAUCGAUCAUUUGCAACGAUCAUGAAGGAGGACGGUCGAAGCCCAUGGGAUGCGGAGAACUCUCUGUUGGAUAUACUGACCCGGUUAAAGGGCUGGUUAUCCGUUAAGCUCCCUUGCAUACCGUUCCAUGACCUGGAAGCAAGGACGACGCUCGAAGAAAAUAUACGUAUCUUUUGGCAGCGAGACGAUCCCGAAUGCGAAAAGUUGUUGGCUGAAGAGUGCGGAACGCAAGAUGACAUCAUGAAAUCUCGGUGGCGGAGGAUCGCCAACAUCUUGCAGUGGAUACAGGACUCUGCAUCGGGUUCGAACGCCGAGAUGGAUGUUUCGGCAAGAUACCUUACAGUGGCCCAUAUGCUGGGAGCAAUCGAAACAUGGGCCGCGAUGAA